AUGACAGUUCAAGAUUUGAGUAACCAUGUUAUAGGGUUAACUGACAAACUUGAAAAAGUAAUUGAAGACAUGAAACAAGAUCGUAUAACCUCAGAUACAAAACUAGAAACCCUCUUCACAAAGCUUACAACCAGUAUCAAUGGUCUUGCAACUAUUUUUAGUGAAUCAGGAAAAUUUUCUGUUAAUGGUCACGCACACAGUAAGGGUCCCUUAAUUCAAGAUGGUUCUUCUGGUUCUGGUUUCACGAUUCGUGCAGGCACAAUAAAUUUGAAGUUUCCUGUGUUUGACGGAGAUGAUGCUGAAGGAUGGAUUUUUCAGGCUGAACAAUACUACACUCUUCAUGAUGUACCUGAUGCUCAAAGGAUACCAUUGGCUGCUGUUCACUUCAAAGGAGAUGCAAAUUCAUGGUACCGUUGGAUCAAAGACACUCUUGUAGCACCAACAUGGGAACAAUUCUCUUCUAAACUUCGUUCUAGAUUUGGAUCUCGAAAGCAUAUUGAUCCCUGCAGCUCUUUAUCUAAAUUAUCACAACAAGGUAUCGUCCGUGAACUCAUUACUGAAUUUGAAAAGCUACUAAAUUUUGUGUAUGGUAUCCCCGAGGAACAUUUGGUUAGUAUUUUUAUCUCUGCACUUCGCUCUGAUAUUGGUACCGGUGUUCGUUUAUUUUUACCCAAGACCCUUUCCGAGGCAUUCGACAUAGCUUUAAGACAAGAGGAUGCUAUUACUGCUACUAAAGCUUUUUCUGCAUCAAAACCUUGGAUUCGUUCUGUUCAACCCAAGGCAUUAGGAACUAUAACUUCUCCAAAUUCUCAGAAGAAUGGUUUACCUCCAGGAGUUAAACGUUUAUCAUGGAUGGAACAAAAGGAACGACGUGAGAAAGGCCUUUGUUUUAACUGCGAUAAACUGUAUAAACCUGGACAUCUUUGUGAGCAGUCUCGUUUGUUAUUUCUGGAAGGUGCAGCUGGCGUUACUAUUACUGAGCUUGAUUGUAUUGGUGGUGAUGAUAAGGAAAUCACAGCUGAACAAGAUAAGGAGAUUCAAACAACUCCUGGAAUUUCACUUCAUGCUCUUAUGGGAUCUCUGUUUCCAAAUACAAUGCGUAUUACGGGUCAUAUAAAAGGGAAACCAAUCACUGUUUUAAUUGAAUCAGGUUCCACUCAUAAUUUUCUGCACCCUACAAUCGCCAAGCAAUGUGGCUAUUCUAUUCAAUCUAAUGAUGCAGUUAUGCGCGUAAUGAUAGGGGAUGGUGGAUUUCUUCAAACUAGCGGGUCAUGUGAUAAUGUGUCAAUUAAGCUACAGAACUAUAGUUUCUCUACUGAAUUUUUUCUGUUAGCAAUUAGUGGCUGCGACGCCGUCUUAGGUGUUCAGUGGUUACAAACUUUAGGAGCUAUAAGUUGGGAUUUUAACAAAUUACACAUGAAAUUUUGUGUAUCAGGAACUGAAUUUAUCUUGGUUGGUGAAAAUUCCCCAACAGUUAUGCUUCUAGAUCACACUCCUAUGCAGCGUCUGAUACAUCGAGAACAACAAGGCAUUUUGUUGCAGCUAUCAUCUUUACCUCCAGACAUGGAAUCUUCGACUCUUUCUCAGGUACCUUCUGAAAUUACAGAAUUAAUUUUCCGUUUUUCAGAUGUGUUUGGUUCUCCUACAUAUCUUCCACCUACACGCUCUCAUGACCAUCGCAUUCCUCUAAUUCCAAAUUCUGCUCCGGUAAAUGUCAGACCCUAUAGAUACCCUCAUUUCCAAAAGGAGGAAAUUGAAAAGAUUGUUUCAGAAUUAAAAAAUGCAGGCUUCAUACGUCCUAGCACCAGCCCUUAUUCUUCACCGGUAUUACUAGUACAGAAGAAAGACGGCUCGUGGCGUAUGUGCGUUGAUUACCGAGCACUAAACAAAAUCACUGUGAAGGAUAGAUUUCCCAUUCCUAUGGUGGACGAAUUACUUGAUGAGUUGCAUGGUAAGCAAGUUUUCUCCAAGGUAGAUAUGCGUUAUGGGUUUCAUCAACUUCGUGCCUACGAGCCAGAUAUUCAUAAAACGACAUUUCGCACACAUGAUGGCCAUUACGAAUUUUUGGUAAUGCCUUUCGGUCUCUCUAAUGCUCCAGCAACUUUUCAAAGUUUGAUGAAUGAUAUUUUCAGGCCAUAUCUUCGUAAGUUUGUUCUAGUUUUCUUUGACGAUAUGUUGGUGUACAGUAAUUCCAUGGCCGAACAUAUUAAGCAUUUGGAGCUUGUUUUUGAGACAUUACGUUCUAACAAGUUGUUUUUGAAGGAGUCUAAGUGUGAUUUUGCUAAAUCAUCCAUAGGUUAUCUUGGUCAUAUGGUAUCUGCUGAUGGAGUAUCUGUUGAGAAUGACAAAAUUGCUAGCAUCGUCAACUGGCCUACUCCGUCUUCUAUUAAGGAUCUUAGGGGUUUUUUGGGUUUGGCAGGUUACUAUCGAAAGUUUGUCAAGGAUUACGGGAAAAUAAGUGCUCCAUUAACUCAGUUAUUGAAGCGUAAUGCUUUUUCCUGGUCAGAAUUAGCUACAAAAGCAUUCAAACAACUACAGUCUUCCUUAACAACUACACCAGUAUUGGCACUUCCAUAUUUUACAAAAGAAUUUACCUUAGAGUGUGAUGCUUCUGGUAAUGGGUUAGGAGCUAUUUUAAUGCAAUCUGGCAGGCCUAUUGCUUUUUACAGCAAGCCGUUAUCAGGUAAAAAUUUAAAUCUUUCGUUUUAUGAUAAGGAAAUGCUUGAUAUAGUCUCUGCGGUUCAAAAAUGGCGACCUUACUUGCUCGGUCGACAUUUCAAAAUUUAUACAUACCAUCGUAGUCUUAAGUACUUCUUAGACCAAAGAUUAUCUUCAAUUGAGCAACAAAAAUGGUUGUCCAAACUUUUAGGAUACGAUUAUGAGAUUUUUUAUCGAUGUGGUGCUGCAAAUAAGGCUGCAGAUGCCUUAUCCCGUGUUUCUGAUGCUCAUCUUCUGGCGAUCACUGCCCCUAUAUUUUCUGGCAUAAAUGAUAUUAUUCGAGAAUGUCAUCAUGACAAUGAAUUUAGUUUUCUUAUAGAAGAGUUACAUCGCAACCCAAAUUAUAAACCACCGUAUUCUUAUAUUGACGGUAUUCUCCGUUAUAAGGGACGUGUUGUGGUGGUUUCUACUUCUACAUGGUGUACUAAACUUCUUCAUGAAUUUCAUGCAACACCUCUUGGUGGACACUCUGGUUUUCUCCGUACCUACAAGCGCCUUCAAAGAAAUUUUUACUGGAAGGGAAUGAAACGUUCGAUAAAAACUUACAUUGCUCAAUGCGACAUUUGUCAACGUAAUAAAUCCGAGGAUAUUGCUCCUCCAGGACUUCUUCAGCCUUUACCUAUUCCAGAAGAUGUAUGGAUGGAUUUUCAAUGGAUUUUAUUGACGGAUUGCCAACAUCUAAUCGUAAAACCUCUAUACUUGUCGUAG